AUGAUCUUCGGCGGCCUCGAGAUAGUCGCAGGCGGCUACCUAAUCCACCGGCACUACCGCAAAAAGAACCAAGCAAACACCGCUGAAAACGAUGCUCAGCAAAAAAGACAUCACACCUUUCCCGGUGCAAUCUGCUCGAAACAGCAGCAGCAGCAGCAACAACACUACUAUCAACAACACACUAUCCAACACCCAUCACAACCCCCCCAACACCACCAACCCGCCCUCCCCAACCAAAAAUACGCCUGCUACGCAAUAGCACCCCAACCCCGCCCCCAACUCUACACCCCCCAAACCCUUCCUCCCCAGGACUUCCAGCAUCACCAACACGCACCACCUCUCCCCGCACACCAGCGCCCCCAACUUCCCCCACAACCCCACAGCUUCACCAUCCCGCGCCGCCCGGUCCCCGAGCGAAAACCCCAAAUAAUAAUCCAGCCCUCCCUCCAACGCACCGACUCCUUCGCCACCCUCUCCCGCAUGCCCAUCGCAAACGGCUACCGGCCACACGAUGUGCGCGAAGAAGAACCUAUCCAACCUGCUUCUGCUGGAGGGCACGGAGGACACGGAGUAGGAGGGGGUGUAUAUAGCAACGCGGGAUACUCAAUGUCAACGCCGGCGUUUGGCGCAACGGCUACGUCGCCGGGGUUGACGUACGAAAUGGCUACGGCAGAGGAUGUGGAGGGGUGGGAGAGGUAUGGGUACAGAAGGGAGGGGGAGCACGACAGGCCGCAUUAUGCGCCGACUGUUUCGACGGAGUUGGGGGAGAGGGAUGUGGCGCCGCCGCCAUAUGUGCCUUGA